GGGUCCUUGAAAUUUAGCUGGAUAUUACAUUCCCAGAGAAUUCAUACAACCGCCUAGUAAUAGAUGGACCAAUGAGGUUUAGCCUCUUUUCUAAAUUCGAACUGCAAGUCCUGUUAUGCAAGGUAUGGGUUGGAGAGUAUCCCUGCGCGUCGUUGUGUGGCCCCCUCGCAAACGUGAUCACGUUGACGUUGUCUGCCGCCAUUUCCCUCACGGAUCCUCGGUUUACUAAAUUUUGAAGGUCGUUAGCAUUUGCAUGGCGCAAGCAGGAGGCCAAACGGGGCGUGCAUUAAAAACACGUGAUUGCAUUUUAGCGAUACUGAUAAUUGAAUACCCCGUGGGAUACAGUUGUGGAAAGUGGUAGUGAGUGGAUCAAUGGCGGAAGGGAAUGGGGAGUUGCAAGUUAAAGAGGAGCCCAAAGAAGAAUCACAGGAUAUAAAGACAGAAUAUACGGCAGACUAUGCAAAAUUGGUGGAAUAUGGAUUAGAUGAAAAGGUUGCUGGGAAACUCGAUGAAAUUUAUAAAACGGGAAAACUUGCACAUGCUGACUUAGAUGAACGUGCUCUUGAUGCGUUAAAAGAAUUUCCUGUGGACGGAGCUCUAAACGUUCUUACUCAGUUCCUUGACUCCAAUUUGGAGCACGUUUCUAAUAAGUCUGCAUAUCUGUGUGGUGUAAUGAAAACAUACAGGCAGAAAAGCAGAGCAGGCCAAGGCUCCGGGUCUGGUACUGUUGCCAAAGCCCCUGAUGAAGACAAAAUUAAAUCUAUUUUGGAACGUACUGGUUACACACUUGAUGUGACAACUGGGCAGAGAAAAUACGGAGGACCCCCACCAAAUUGGGAAGGGCCCACACCAGGCAAUGGGUGUGAGGUAUUUUGUGGAAAAAUUCCCAAGGACAUGUAUGAAGAUGAACUCAUUCCACUUUUUGAAAAAUGUGGAGUUAUAUGGGAUUUGCGGCUUAUGAUGGAUCCUAUGACAGGCCUCAACAGGGGUUAUGCUUUUAUUACAUUCACCACGAGGGAAGCAGCUCAAUCAGCUGUGAAAGAGCUCGAUAAUCAUGAAAUCAAACCCAACAAGUGCCUGAAAGUUAACAUUAGUGUUCCCAAUCUCCGACUUUUUGUGGGCAACAUUCCAAAGUCUAAAGGCAAAGAGGAGAUUCUGGAGGAGUUUGGUAAAUUAACAGCUGGUUUGACGGAGGUCAUCAUCUAUAGUUCACCUGAUGACAAGAAAAAGAAUCGUGGUUUCUGUUUUCUUGAGUAUGAGUCUCACAAGGCUGCUUCUCUUGCUAAACGACGUCUUGGUACAGGGCGGAUCAAAGUUUGGGGCUGUGAUAUUAUUGUUGAUUGGGCUGAUCCCCAGGAAGAACCUGAUGAGGCGACGAUGUCAAAGGUUAAAGUUUUGUAUGUACGAAAUCUGACACAAGACUGUUCAGAAGAAAAAUUGAAAGAGUCAUUUGAAGCAUUUGGGAAAGUUGAAAGGGUGAAGAAAAUCAAGGAUUAUGCUUUUAUUCACUUCGAAGACAGAGAUCAUGCUAUUACAGCAAUGAGGGAACUCAAUGGAAAGGAAAUGGGUGGCUCUGCUAUUGAAGUAUCCCUUGCGAAACCUCCUUCAGACAAAAAGAAGAAAGAGGAAAUUUUAAGAGCCAGGGAAAGAAGAAUGAUGCAGAUGAUGCAAGUGCGGGGUGGAUGUUCCCCAUCUCAUCCGAGUAUGAUGCCUGGGGCAAUGCCAUUGCGGGGGCCUGGAGGGCCUGGGCCUCGUGGUGCGAGUGGGGCUGGCUCUAUGAGGGGACCCAUGGGACGUGGAGACUAUGAUUAUGAUUACGACUAUUACGGUUAUGGGGAUUAUCGAGGUGGCUACAGUGAUCCGUAUUACGAUGACUAUUAUCGUUACGAGGAUUACUAUUUUGAUUAUCCGCCGCCUCCACCACCUGCCAGAGGGAGAGGCAGGCAGCCUCAGCCGGCUGGCCGUGGGCGUGGAGUGGUGGCCCGUGGCCGAGCAGCAGGUAAGCGCAAGUUUGAUGGGGGUCACCAGAACCAGGGGGAAACUAAACGUCGCUACCAGAGCACCUGGGGAAAUCAGCCCCUUGCCCAACAGCCACUGAGCAAUGCAUAUGGGCUUGCGGGCGUCAACGGUGGCGGCUACAGCUCGGGCGGGGACCAGCAGUGGUACCAGGACACGUAUCAGUCCUGGAGCUAAAUACCAGUGGGUAGCUUCCUAUGAGUGGAUGAGUUUGUGGGGCCCAGGACCCUAUUGACCAUAAGUUGUGAUGGGGUCAUGUGAACAUUAAAUAAAUAACCCCAAAAGCUAAGUCAGGAGUGAGGGAGGGAUGUGAAGAACUGAGAGUCCUCUCAUCUUAAGGCUAACUUAUGUUGGUCAUGUUGUACAGAGACAAUAUGUUUGGUUAAAAGUGGAUUUUUCAAACGGGCCCCUCAAUGUGAGAGAGCUCUGUCUUGUUCAACAGUGGCAAGGGAAGAGGAAGACGGUGAAGUGAAAUUAAUUGUUGCUCAUAUAUGAUUCAAAAACCCACUUGUAACAUUGCAAGAAUAUGGUCUCCCACAAUUAAUUUUUAUUAAUUUUUCUUUUAAAUUUUUAUUUGGUUAACAUGUUUUGAAUGUGUUAGCACGAGCAUAGUUGUCCGUAUUGUUGACUUAAUAACAAACACUUCUUUCUUCCAAAUUCCAUAACCAAUCCCACCUUGCAAUUUGAUGUACAGAAGCAAUCUUAAUGUUUGGUUGAAAUAUAACUUUCUAAGAUGUUGAUUAUUUCCCCUGCCAAAGCCCCAACCCCCUAGUUCUGGAGACAUUACAUCUGAAGGGGGAAAUUCUAAAUCACCAGCUGUUAUGCGCCACAUUCUGUGGCCCCCUUGUCUUAUUUUACCCCAAUGUUUGACUAGAACAAGUAAACAAGCAAGGCGUGGUUACUGGACUCUGGGAUAUGCAUUGAAAUUUUGGUUAAUGGUCAUGACUUAGGUUUCUGCAAAUGAGCCUGUUUAAUAUUAAGUUUGUGUUUUUACUUUUUAUGUCAAAUUAUGUAAUGUAGAACAUGAUCAGCAGUAAAUUGAACCACUUUGUCAAAAUGUGAGCAAAGAUGGGCAAAGUUUCAUUUGAAAGUUGAAAUAAAUUUAAUGAGCUGUUUUAUUGUAAAAUAUUUAUAUCCACACAUUUGUGGGUUCUGAUGAGUGGGUUUUUUGGCUUGCGAGCAUUUGAAGUUAUCUCUGGCCUUUGUACAUGUAACAACAAAAUUCGGCCCAAUUUAGAGGUAUAGCUUUUACUGCAAGAUCGAUAAUUGGAUUAAGGAAUUGGUGAUCUGAGAUGACUAUCUGAAAACAGAAGCAGCUUUCACUCAAACUGAGUGAAAUAUUGCUAUACCAUUUUGAAAAUCCAUCAACACUGACUUCUUAAAAACGUGGGUUUGAGAGUUUGUUCAUGUUCAAACGAAGAGAUCAUGUCUUAAAACACUUGAAUCAAGGGUAUGUUACUCUUGGUCCAGGUGAUUUUUUUUAAUAUAUAUAUAAAUAUAUAUUGUAUUCCUACUGCUAUGUGAACAUAAUGUGAUUGUUUUAGCGGUAAUUGUUGGGGGAGGACCAAUAUAGUCCCUUCGUUUUCUAUUAUGUGGACGUUGGAUCUCCCACCACAAUGAUUUACAAACCUGUUUUGAAAAAUGUUUAUUUUUUUUAAUUCCAAAUAAUAUGCUUUGCUUGGUUUCCAAUUUUCUGCAUCUUUUAUUAUAAUUUUCAAAUUUUGAUUGCCUGCAAAUUUAGUGUGCUGUAGAUUGAAUACAAACAAGUUAAAAAGUACUGUUGACAGUUGAUUUUUCGGGUCACAAAUGUCAUAUGAUUUCUGUGAAUCACCCGAUGUAAUGAUCUUCUUACAUGUCACAAUAAACAGUUGUCUGUGAAUUACAUUUCUUAAUUCCAUAGAUAACAGAAAUAAUUAGCUGCUUAUUUUUUAUUGUUUUUUUAAAUAAUUUUACCAGUCUCCUUUGUCCUUACAUCAAAAGUUGUCAGAGUUGACAGGUGUAAAAUUUUACAGCAUUUGAAGUUUAAAUGUAGGCUAUAAUUAGUUGUAGCAUUUUUAACAGCAGAAGGACUGGGUAUGCUACUGGAGUGAAGAUUUACGUGACUGCUCAUUGGACACAGCUUACUUUUAUGUUCACAUAGGUGUAUGAAACCAAGUGAAGUCGUCUCUGAGCUGGGUUUGAUUCAUUUAUUCCAGAUGGUUUUACAGGGUUUCUUUGAAAUUUGGUUUAGUGUUGUAGUUCCUUACACAAACCCAAGAGAUCAGGGUUUCCUAGUGAAACGGUUAAUCAUUGACUGAAACAACUUACGUUUUCCAGUUUUGAAAAGUUGCAGCUUGAAAGAGUGUGAUCAUAUAAGCAAUGUUCAGGGAGCUUCUUAUUUCAGCUGAGUGGACUUGCAGACCAUAAGAUUUAUGUGUUUGGCUGAUCUUUUGAGCAACUAGGUUUGUUUUUGUCUUGGUAAUAGGGAAUCUUUGUAGUAGAUUGUAUGUAUGCACUGAGGUGCUGUCUGAUUACAUGAAAUGAGACCUUGUGCCUGCAGCUAUAGAUUAUGCUUUCUCAGUUAGACUGGUAUAUUUGGUCAUUGCUCUCUUGUAUUUAUGAGGAUCAUACACUGACAGAACAUUUUGGAUGUGAUGUCUACCCCCACCUCUCAAGGGUCUGAGCACUUCUCAGCUGUAGUAUGGAGUACUCUGAGAAUUAUGCCUUAUUUUCUUAGCAUAGUUGUACUUUUAUAAAUGCUUUCAUUAGAUGGAUAGAUAAUCAGUUAAGGAAUGCUGCAUACUUUGUUCUGUUCAUAACUGCUUAUUUUUAUAUAAUAAAUGUAUAUUUGGAGUGUUUUUACAAUUCUGUGUUUUCAAUGCUGCUCCUUACGCC